AGAAAAGGAAGAAAGGCACAAAGUUUGGCAAAGGGGUGGUGGCAAAAAGAAUAUAACACAAAAUAUGUGGUCGGUAUUCCAUAUAAAGAGGACUGCAUCCGCUCCCCACUCAUCCUGUACAACCUCGUCGUCGCCGUCGUCUUCCGCCUCUGUUUCUUCUGGGUAUUGUCGAAUGGAGCUGCGUAUCGAUUUCAAAGCUCAUCGCCGCCUUCAAAGUAGGUAUGAUCGUCGUUGAGAUAUGCCAUCAGCCCCACCGCCAGUUCCGCCCCCACAGCCCAUCUCCGAUCUUCCUCACCUCACCAGAUCUCCGCCUCUUCCUGACUUUUUCCUCGCCGCUCUCUCACUUUUCGUUUUCCUCUCUUCUUCCUCCUCCAGAUCCUUCAAGCUUCCUCUUCUCUGUAUUCAAUCAAACCCUCGCCGGUUUCUCAAGACGCCGUCCAUGUCCUUCUCACAUCCCAACUCCGGCAGAACACCCCACGACGCUCAUCGCCUCCACCCCUUCGCCUCCCCUCAAUCCCUCUCCGAUUGGCUUAAACCUCGCUUGCCCUCCGAUUCCUUUGCUUCUUGGGGCGUUAAGCCUGGCACCAAGAACGUCCACAACCUCUGGCUUGAACUCUCCGAAGGGGAAACUUCCCUUGCCGACUCCACCCCUCCUAUCCGCACCGUUCAGGUCCUUUCUCUUCGAAUUAUUGAUAACCACCGCCGAAUUCUCCUCGAAUCCCACCAGCAACUCUCCGAUGGUACCCUACGGAAUCGAAAUCGACCCUUGUCGGAGAAAAUGAAGCCCAAUGAGACCCCUGAAUCUGCCGUCUACCGGGCUGUCAAAGAAGAACUCGGUUCGAUUCUUGGCGAUUCCGAUUGUUCUGAAAUUGUCAAGAUUGUUCCAGAUUCAUAUAAAAUGAAGAUCGAGGAGAGAAACUCGGCUUCAUAUCCUGGUUUGCCGGCUUGUUACGUUUUGCAUUCCAUGGAUGUAUUGGUGGAAGGUUUGCCCAAGGAAGACUUCUGCACUGUGGAGGAGGAGGAAUACGCGAAUUCUGAGGAGUCGAGCAUUGCGGACGAGGCUGUGUCCGUGAAGAAGCAUUUCUGGAAAUGGGUUAGUCUUGAUUCUCUGGAUUUUUGAGUUCUUACAUGUUAUAUCAUCAUUUCCAUCCCUUUGAUCCCUAAUUAUGAGUGUAGCAGAAAGAUGAAUAAUAUAAUACUGCAAGGAACAGCUUCUUGUAGCGCUUGUGAAU